AGGGAGGGUUUGCCAUGUUGGAGGUCGGAUGUGUAAGAAGCAAGAAUGCUACCAAUAUACUCAUCAAAAAUCUUCUCGACGCAUGGUUUAUAUAUCCUGUACUUGUCCAUUGGGCCUGGACAUCCGAAGGUUGGCUCGCUAAGGGCUUCACGUAUGAUCAUGAUGGGGAAGCACUAACAAUCUUCUACAGGGACUUUUCCGGUAGUGGUAUCGUCCACAUGUUAUCUGGCCUCGCUGCGUUCGUGGGGGCUAAGGCCCUAGGCCCAAGAAUAGGGAGGUACGAUGAAGUCACAGGGGAACCUCGGGCUAUACAGGGACAUUCCCUCGUGCUUGCUGCCCUUGGUGGGUUUAUCCUGUUGUUCGGGUUCCUUGCCUUUAAUGCGGCGGCCGCAGGUUCACUCUCCGGAGAGGGCCAGGGAUAUCUCGUGUCCAAGAUUGUUGUCAAUACCAUGAUGUCUGGUUCUUCCGGUGGUCUUGUUGCUAUGGUGAUAACAUUCAUCAUUGGAGGUUCAAAAUGGAAUUUCAGCAACACGCUUAAUGGAUGUCUUUGUGCCAUGUGCGCUAUCUGCGGUUGUGUGGACAGUAUUCCUUCAUACAUAGCUGUGGUGAUAGGAGCCCUAGGUGGAAUGCAGUAUAUGUUCUUCUCCUGGUUCGUCCUCAACAAGUUCCGAGUCGACGACCCGCUGGACGCGGUGGCAGUCCACAUGGGUGGCGGCUUGCUUGGUGUCAUUUCCGUGGCGUUUUUUCAUGAGGAAGUCGGGAUAUUCUAUAACUGGAACAUGGAGUCUGUUUUGACGCUUGCCUGGCAAUGUGUGGGCAUUCUGGCCGUAGUCGUUUGGACAGGAGGGACGUGUGGGAUCAUGUUCGGCACUCUGAAGGCGUUAAAUAUACUACGAGUUCCAUUAGAGUACGAACUGAAAGGUCUUGACAUACCCAAGCAUGGUGUGAGUGCCUACCCAACGGAGGCCUAUGGGGACGACUGGGGCGUGGAAUCCAAUGACAAGGUGUCUGUACAUAACGAAGACGUAGUCCAAACAGAUACAAGAAAUAGAAAGCUGAACGAGAGCAACAUGACAAUUUCGAACGGAUCUUUUGAAUCUAAUGUCACAGCAACGACACAUAUCUGACGUCAUUUCUCAUGUAUCGAUUUGUCGUUAACCAUGUGCUCACCCAGUGGAAAUAAACAUUAAAUCUGUG